AAUUUUUACUGCACUGGUGUACAGGCCAAAUUAAUGUCAAACAUAAUUUUAUUUACCAGAGGUUUUUUUUUUUUUUUAGUACAAGGGAACUACAAUGGAAAGACACUGAUAUGUUUUCUUUUGUGAAAACUAUUGGGAUAUUCAUUCCAAGAAGAAUAUCUAGGACUAGCGAGACUACUAUUACUAAGCUGAACCAGAGCUUUUAUAUAAAAAGAAAUGAGACUUUAAAAUGUCUUCUUUUUCAGUGUUCAACUAAACUGAGUAGUAAUAAUGAAAUAUUGUAUAAGAAUGGGAAACAUCGUUACUUAAGCACUUUUCUCUGUGGAAGAAAUUAUUUUAAAGUAACUAAGUUACAUGUACAGUACCUAACUACUGAUACUUCCAUGAGUUAUUCAGAAGUUAUUUCUUAUUUAGCAGAAUCACUCCAGUGUACUCAUGAUGAAAUGAAAGGAAUUGCAAAGAACUACCCUAGGAUGUUGAAACACUCUAGUGAUAAACUUUUAGAAAUUUUGUGCUUAUUGCACAAAGUAGGGUAUACUAAACAACAAAUACUUGACCAUCCAUGGCUUCUCAGUUACUCAAAAUUUACCUUGCAAAGAAAACUUGGCAUUUUGCAGGAAGCCAAUAUCAUUGACAACAUACCUUUAUUGUUGAUUUCAGAAUACAAGCUAAGAAGAGUAAUAAAUCAGAUAAAAAGAUAUUCUGGUACUACACCUAAUCUAACAAUUCUAGAUCUUAAUGAGCGGAUUGAGUACUUUGAACAAUAUCUACAGGUCAAUAGAGCCCAAGUAAUCAAUUUGUUACAGCAACAUCCAUAUCUUUUGACAAUGAACCUUGACCGAAUUAAGAAUAUAAUGGAAAUGAUGCUAAAAGCGGGUGUCACUCCAUUGUCUAUUAAGAAAGACCUGUGGAUUUUUCUUCAUAAUGAAGAAGUCAUGAACAGUCGAAUUGCUCAGUGUCAAGCUUUGGAUAUACCAGUCAAACCAUGGAUGUUACGUUGUCCAGAAAAUACAUUUUUGAACUCCAUCAGACGUUGGAGAGAAAAAAGAGAAGUGUUUGGUGAUCAUUAUGAUGCCAGAAAAUACUUGGCUGAAAGACUGCAGUGUAGUACAGAUUAUGUAAAAGUUUUAGUAGAGAAGAAUAAUCAAAUCCUUUCAAUUAAUCCACCAAAAUUAAAACAGAUUUUGGACUUUCUGUUAGAUAGUGGCUUUACUCCGUACCAAGUCUGCCAGUUUCCCCGAGUUUUAAGUCACAGUUUUAAGACUAUUAAACAACGAGUUACAGAACUACAAGCUGCUAGGUUUCAACUUGGUUCCCUUCGUGUACUGUGCCUUACAAGGAAGGAAUACCAGAGACUGUUAAGAAAGCUCAGGAUGUGCCCAUUAACCAAAAAAGGGCUUAGUGUAAAGGAUUCCUAAUACAGUAUUUAAUGAUACAUUUACUUAAUGCUGGUAACAACACUGCUCUUCCUGACUCUGAGUUUAAAAAAGAAAAAUAAUUUUUAUAUACUAGUGAUCAAAUAACUUUUGAAGUUAAACCUUUCCCAAUUGAUAAUAGUUUUGAUAAAUUGCCAGUAAAUUAAUUUAACAAAUAUUUAGACUGUACCCUUAGACUUGUGUUUCUACAACCAUAUGUUUUUGCUACUUGUUUGUAUACAGCACCAUAAUAAAAACAAUCACACAUUCAGUACGUAGGUUAGUGAGAGUUUAAAUAGAAUUCAAUAAUUUCAUUGAAUUCUGUUUACAUUCUCACUAAUCUACAUAUUGAAUCUGUGGUUGUUUUUAAUGUGGUGGUGGGGAUUCAUGGAGCAAAGUCACAAAACUGUUACCAAUAAAAGGUUUUUUUACUAUAAGUUUAAAGCAUUACAGCAGUUGUCUGAAAUAAUCAGCUAGUCAUGAAAGUGCUUAUAAAACAUUUUUUGAGGGAGGAUUCUGUUUAUCUGAGUGACAUAAUGGAAUAAUACUACCUAAACUUUGCAAGGACUUGCACAGAAAUUUUACUGUGAAUUUCUACUGAUUUGAAAAUAGUUGCUCAAAACUAUUAUAGGAAUAAAGCUAUUUAUACUGAUUAACUGACAAAGUUCAGUAAGUUUAUGAAGAAAUUCACUUUUAAUAUAUAUAUAAGAAUAAAGUAAACAUCUGUGAGUUUUACCAUUGAACUUAUAAUUCUAAGAACCCUUGAGUGAAUAUGUUAUAAUAUGUCAAACACACUACAUCUGUCAUAUCGAGAACUUAUCAGGCUGACUGGGAUAAAAUAGAUAAGUAGUGGUCUAGUAGGUGUUAUAUUUAUUAUCAGUAUCAAUGAACAAUGACUGUGAUGGUGUUAACUAGAUUAAACAAUUGAAAUGUAAUUGUUAUCAAUUUAUUUUACAUCAUUUGCAAAUCAUGUUUGAAAUUGACUGCAUUUGACAAACAUGUUGUAUUGUAUAUUUUUGUAUAGAUUUUAAUAUUACGUGUUUAGAAUUUCAAAUUAUAGUCAUCAUUAGUGACUAGUCCAUUCUUGUUUAAUAUUAGUAUGUUCCCAGUAAUAUCAAAUAUUGUUGAUAGUUAACCAGACAUGUUGGUUUGCCCUAAUAAUUUGGUCACUCUGCUUAUGCCUGAUGGGUUACUUUUUUGUAAGUGAUUUCCAAAAUGAAAUAAAAAAUUGACUUGUAAGGUAAGCAUUUAUGUGUAA